GCUCGAGAUCGCUUCGUCUCGCGCACUCGGCCGCUAGCGAAACGCGCGCGUUUUCUUAGCGUUUUAUACCGCCUUACCGCGGCGAUUUUGUGUGCUUACAAGUGCUGACGCAAGUGCUGUUGAUCCGCCGUUGAAUCGAAAAACGCGUUGUUGCAUCACGACUCGAGAAUGAAGAUGCAGCUUCGUGUGUUUAGCCUGGCUUUGAUCGCCCUAAGCCAGAGCUACUUCGCCCAAGCGCAGGGCUACGACUAUCCCCAGCCGAAGGUGCCCUUCAGCGAUGGCUACUCGUACCCCCAGCCAGCGAUCCCCUUUCCGCCGCCCGCCCCGAAAGUGAGCGAUGGCUACUCCUACCCGAAGCCAGCCAUUCCGUUCCCACCGCCGCUGCCCAAGUACACGCCGCCGGUGCAGCAGAUCAUCCCGCAGGAGCCCAAGCUGGUCAGUGGGUACUCCUACCCCAAACCAGCGGUGCCCUUCCCGCCGCCCACGCAGCCACCUCAGGUCAAAGUGACCGAGGGAUACGCCUACCCCACGCCAUCGAUUCCCUUCCCACCACCGCCGCAGCCGAAGCAGGGAUACGAUUACCCCAAGCCCGUCGUUCCGUUCCCGCCACCAACCAACCCACCGCCGCAGGUGAAGCAGGGCUACGACUACCCCAAGCCAGCCAUUCCGUUCCCACCUCCGACGGCGCCACCUCAGAAGUAUCUUCCGCCAGUGACCACGACUCCAGCACCGCCACCACCACCACCGCCGACCGUCAAGUACCUGCCACCUCCCCAGGUGAAGCAGGGAUACGAUUAUCCUAAGCCAGCCAUUCCCUUCCCACCACCCACGAACCCACCGCAGAAGUACCUGCCCCCUGUUGUGCCCACCAGUCCACCUGUGCCCAAAUACAUUCCCCCACCCACUCCCACCUACAUUCCACCACCUCCAAAGAAGCAGGGGUACGACUAUCCCAAGCCCGCCAUUCCAUUCCCACCACCCACUGCGCCACCACAGAAGUACCUGCCUCCUGUGACCACAACUCAAGCUCCACCUCCACCACCAUCACCGAAGUACCUGCCACCUCCUCAGGUGAAGCAGGGCUACGACUACCCGAAGCCAGCCAUUCCAUUCCCUCCACCCACCGCACCACCACAGAAAUACUUGCCACCUGGGACCACCACGAAAGCACCUCCACCACCACCGCCACCAACUCCCAAAUACCUUCCUCCACCUCAAGUGAAGCAGGGCUACGAUUACCCAAAGCCCGCCAUUCCAUUCCCACCACCGACUAACCCACCACAGAAGUACCUGCCACCUGUUGUGCCCACAACGCCACCAACGCCCAAGUACUUGCCACCUGUGAAGCCAACCAGCCCCCCACAGCCAAAAUACUUGCCACCCCCGCAGCCCAAGUCGGGUUAUGAUUACCCUAAGCCCGCCAUUCCAUUCCCACCACCAACUAACCCACCACAGAAGUACCUUCCACCUGUUGUGCCGACCAGUCCACCACAGCCAAAGUACUUGCCACCUGUGAAGCCAACCAACCCGCCGCAACCCAAGUAUCUGCCACCUCCGCAACCCAAGUCGGGUUAUGACUAUCCCAAGCCCGCCAUUCCAUUCCCACCACCGACUAACCCACCACAAAAGUACCUGCCGCCAGUGGUCGUUACCCCACCUCCAGUGCCAAAAUACCUGCCGCCUACAAGCCCACCAACGCCCAAGUACUUGCCACCCCCGCAGGUGAAGCAGGGAUACGAUAAUCCCAAGCCCGCCGUUCCAUUCCCACCACCAACUGCACCACCACAGAAGUACCUUCCUCCUGUGACCACAACUCAAGCACCUCCACCACCACCACCACCUCCCACACCCACGUACCUACCUCCACCACAGGUGAAGCAGGGCUACGACUAUCCCAAGCCCGCCAUUCCAUUCCCACCACCCACGGCGCCACCACAGAAGUACCUGCCUCCUGUGGCCACGACCCAAGCACCACCACCACCUCCCACACCCAAGUACCUGCCUCCCCCUCAGGUGAAGCAGGGCUACGACUAUCCCAAGCCAGUCAUUCCAUUCCCACCACCACCCGCUCCCAAAUCCGAGGGAUACUCCUACCCGAAACCGGCGAUUGCCUUCGACUUCUAAAGAACAACUCAUCCGUCGAUCGGCUGCCACUCAUCACUGAUUAAAUGACACAAUUGCCUCUGUGUGCGCAUAGUGAUCCUUAGGAACGUACGAAAUUGAAUAAUUGUAAUUAACUGUAAUAUUUAAUUUAAUACCUAUCGGGGAUCUUGCCAGCGGACUCUCCACUCGAACUUAGUCAUUAAAAUAUGUUUAUUAAAUUUAUGUUUUAACGAUUACGCAAUGCUGCCGAAUUAAAAACGACAAUGUGAAUG